GGGAAGGAGCAAUCGUCUGCUCUUGGCCUCGCCUCCGGAGAAGUGACAAGUGACUGCCCGCGGCCACAGCUCUCGGCCCUCGAGAAGAAAGAGAGCGCCCGAGCAGAGCAGCAGAGAGACCGAGAGAGCAUGCGCAGCGCUCAGGCACAGAGGGCCGCAUCAUGCUUUGAGGUGUCACGGAGAGAGCCCUGAGAGAAGAGAGAUUCAGAGAUCGAGAGAGCGAGCGAGAGGAGGAGCCUUCCCGAGGUUCGAUCGAGUGGCGCUUCCUUCCGUUGCAGAGUGUGCCUCCUCUUCGGAUUUUUUCGCAGAUCUGGUGGUCGGAGGCGAUUGGAUCUGACGUCUUGAGCUAUGUCGGGAGCAGGGCAGCGCCUGAAUGUGGUGCCGACGGUGACGGUGCUGGGAGUCAUCAAGACCCGGCUAAUUGGAGCUACCAAGGGCCAUCAAUUGCUCAAGAAGAAAAGCGAUGCGUUGACGAUGCAAUUUCGGCAAAUUCUUAAGCGGAUCGUGCAGACCAAGGAGUCAAUGGGGGACAUCAUGAAAGCUUCGGCGUUUUCGUUGACGGAAGCCAAGUACGCUGCUGGGGACAACAUCAAGUAUAUCGUGUUUGAGAAUGUGGAUGCAGCUUCCGUCAAAGUUAGGGCCAAGACUGAGAACGUUGCUGGAGUGAAGCUCCCCAAGUUUGAGCACUUCAGCGAGGCUGGGGAGACGAGAAACGAUCUCACCGGUUUGGCCAGGGGUGGUCAACAGAUUCAACUCUGCAAAUCUGCUUUUGUCAAAGCAAUUGAGGUACUGGUAGAGCUUGCCUCGUUGCAGACAUCCUUCUUGACUCUAGAUGAGGCCAUCAAGACAACGAAUCGUAGAGUUAAUGCCUUGGAGAAUGUUGUAAAGCCGAAAUUGGAAAACACUAUCAGCUACAUCAAGGGUGAAUUGGAUGAACUGGAGAGGGAGGAGUUCUUCCGACUGAAGAAGGUCCAGGCCUACAAGAAGAAGGAGGUCGAGAAGCAGCUUAUUAGGAAUCAGCAAUUUGAAGCUGCCAACGCUGCUGCUGCUGCUGCUGCCGCUGGAGACGAUGGCGAAACUGGCUCCGCACCUGCAAGGCCUCAUCAUACUCCCCAUCACCAUCACCACAAACAUUCAUCUAUUUUAUCCCAACUGUCUCAUGAGUUGUCAGAAAAGCUUACUAAGAGCCUCUUGCAUGAGAAUGCGGACCCUGACGUAAUCUUUUGACUCUCGUCAUGUGGGAAAACGCUGAUUUCAGCCGCCUUUUCUCUGUGGGCUGUGGCCGCAGUAGUGUACCAGUUGGAUUGCAGUGGUGAUAUUGAGGCGGAAUACAUGAAUAUAGAAGUUGAGUCAAAACAAAUCUUACUUUGUCAGAACUUUCCCGGAUCCAGCAGUCUCCAUUUCCCGUAUCAUGUUAGUAUUUGCGGCUUUGACUAGAUUGACGGUACAGGACCAAAUAGUUCAUGAUCUCAUCUGCUUUAGAUGUCCUCAUAAAAGCUUCGUUACUCUGAGGAGUUAAAGAUCUUCAACAGUUAAAGUGCUCUUGAGUAUCGAAGUUUCUCGUAUUGUACAAUGUAUAACAGUUGGGUUGGCCGAGCCAUAUAUUUUUAUCCCCGAUUUAACCGCCUCUCCCAACCAUUGCCUGUCACUGUUGACUCUCAAGAUUUAUCCCGGCAAUUUGUAAAGAACAGGUUCACCAGUUGAACCACUUUACCCUAGAUCCAGGAUCUUAAUUCAUUGUGCGGCUGCUGUCUCAAAAAUCACCAUUGGGUUUUACUGCAAUAUGCUUGGCAUUUUUAUAUGCUGAUCACAGUAUUUAGUUUGCAAUCUGAGUUCCUUAUUUUUUGGUGACAUAAGCGUGAGCGGUGGUGGACAUGUCUUAUACCUAAUCUUACAACUCUAU